AUGGCGGCGGCCGAGCGCCCGCCCCAAGAAGUGACGGUGGAAGUGCUGGAUCGCUUGGAGCACCUGGCCUUGGUUGAUUUCCGCGACGCAGAGGGCGUGGAGCGGCUGCAGAAAGCAAUCCAGUUUGCUGACCAGCUUCAUGAAGUAAACACCGAUGGAGUAGAACCGAUGGAUUCGGUCCUGGAGGACAGGUGUCUGUAUCUCAGAGAAGAUGAUGUUACAGAAGGCAACUGCACGAAGGAGCUGCUGAAAAAUGCCAGAGAGAAAGUAGAGGAAUAUUUUGUAGCCCCACCAGGUAACAUCCCUCUACCAAAGCUAGAAGAAAGAGAGACUUUCCUGCAGGGCUCUUAGCAAAAGCCCAGAACCCAAAUGCCGUUUCGGUAUUUUAUUUGGGAAAACUAAGGUUUGUGCGGUCACAGCUGAGAAACCCUGGCAUGCAUUUUGAUCAAAAGAAGCACCCUUGAAGACAAUUUACAGAAGGAGGAAGGUGUGAAAAGUUUAGCAGUACUACUGAAAUAUUCAGUGUUUAUGAAGCUGGAAGGCAGCAUGACAGAUGAUCUUGGUGCUUUUAUUUAGCAAAGUGAGUUUGGCGUUAUUCUUCAAGAUACAGAAUGGCUUAAAGGUUUUAAAGAGAACAUUAAAAGGUGAUGAUUAAAAAAUCCGGAACACUAUACUUUUCCUCAACAAGUUUGUCAGGAGAACAAGAGAGGCUGGAAGGCCGUAUUUGCCUAUUUCUCACCUUUAGCUUGACUUAGGCUCUGACCCUGUCAGAAGUAACAAAGUCAGUCUGGUAUGGAGGAGUCCGUAACACCGCUGAGUAUCUCUGUGAUGUACGGACAGAACUCGGAUUUUCAUUAUGGAAGACAAGGCACUUCAGGAAGGUGAUUCACUCAAAUAUUUUGCUUCUAUUGAAUAUUUCCAUUUUUAUCUCCGUGUUCCAUGUCUGUGUGGGUUACCUUCUGUUUCCCACUUUGUAUUUUUAUUCUCACAAAUUAAAUACUAGGGGUUGUACAUAAUUUGAGAAAGAACUUUUCAUACGCAGAAAUAGCUGCUCUAAAAUUAAAAAUCUUUGCCAUAAAUAUUUCUGUACACCAGACGUGUAUCUCUAGUGAUACUAGUGAUAUUUUCUGGAUUAAACCAUUGUUCUGUUUCAACCGAAGCAUUGCAGUUGUUUGUGUUACUUAAAAUAUCCUGUGUAGCUAAGCUUGUUAUAAAUAAAGAAUGUAAUUACUUGUG